UCUUAUUGUUCCAAAAGUUUCUUUCAUUAAAUUGUCUUUUUACUGUAAUAAUUGUCAAGAAAGUUAGAUUUCCCUCAGAGGGCAACUAUUAUCACACUGUCGUGUAAAUGCAAAUAUAAGGAUGAGUGCAGGAGUCCAGCAGUCAAUGGUUUUCCUCGGGCUUCCAGACCUGAAGAAGCUGGUCUGUGUAACUCUGACUCUGCAGGAGGAGGAAGAGGAGCUGCGGAGCAAACAGAUCAAGACCUGCAGAGAGCUGAUCCUGCUGUACUCUGAUAUUCUGGCUGCUCCAGCUCUGGACUCCUUCACUGAGAUCACCGUGGUCAUGGCUAUCCCGUUGUUCCAGACAGGCGUCCUCCAGCUGUUUGGACAGAGACACGGUCUGCAGCUGGGCUCUCCUCAGUGUGUCCUUCCAGGUGUGCUCCAGUGUUGUCUGUCCUACUCUCUGAUCAGCAGACUGGCUCCUGGCUGGAAUAAAGCAGGACUCUACCUCAUCACUGGAAAAGACUUCCUGUCUGAGAGGGGGAGGCUCGACGCUGUCAGCUUGGAGCUGAGCACCAGCGAAGGCCAACUGUGCAUCAGCAUCGAAGCCAACGCAGUGAGGCUGCCGCCGACCACACUGCAGGACUUCGAUCUCCCUCCUUUAGUGCUGAGGAGGUUCUGCAGUGAUCCUGACACCGUCCUCGACCCCACCUCCACCGGAGGAGCCAUCUGGUGUCACGUCCUGCCCAGCAUGAAGAAAGGUCAGAUUAUCACCAUCAGCCGUCAGCUGCCCAGAGAUGGACCAUUUAGGACCUACAGUGACUUGCAGAACCACUGGAACUGCCUGUAUGGUUACAGACUCCCUGAGCUUGCAGAGGAGGAGGUGGUGUACUGCAGCGUCUACUUCAGACUAGUGGGAGAGAGACUCUUCACCUACCCUCUGAGCUGCAUCCGCCUGCAGCCGGUGCAGCGCUGCCCCCGGGUCGACCUGCGGGGGGCGCUGAGCUCCUUCCUGUUUGACAUCAGGCAGCGGCUGCAGAGCGUGUGUGGCUUCCCCGCACGGCUGACCGGCAAGCCCUGUUACCACACGGCCAGUCUGAGCACUGCUGCUGCGGUGCAGGUGUUGAGUGGUGAGCAGGUCAACCUGACCACCUCCUCCUCCAUCAGGCCAGUCCUCACCCAGCUCCCCGCUCCUCCUCCCCGGCCCCUGAAGCCCUCCUUUGGGUCACAGCCUCCAGCCUGGGCCCCUCCCUCCCAGCAGGACGGAGUCCGGGGGCUUCUGGGUAACGGAUGUGGGUUUAGAAGCAGUCUGACACAAAGCCGAGGAUGUAGAGGAGACAGAGAUUGGCCUUCCUCCUCCUCCUCCUCCUCUUCUCAGCCACUGUUCCAGCCAGCCUCAUCCCUCAUCUCCUCCUCCUUCUCCAUGCCCCCGUCCUCCUCUGUCCUCUCCCCUCUUCCUCCCCCCAGUCAGACUCCAGUGAUGCCUGCUCCCAAACUGGUUCCCAUCUUCAAGAACAAGUGUCCAUCACGCCACGUCAGCGCCGCCCUGCUGCGGCUCCAGAAGCAGAAGGAGCAACUGAAGGGAGGAGGGGGGGAAAGGGGGAGGGUAGCAUUACCUGCCAUUAGGAAGACUCCCACCGCCCUGGAGAUCAAGUUUAAAUCCAACCCCAAAACCAACGUGGAAACCGUCUCUGACAGCAAAACUGCUGCUGACGGCGAAGUGCAGGAAAAAUCAACCAAACAACCAUCAGCUCGACCGCUGACGUCCUCUGAUAUCUCCAACAAAGACACCGCCGCCAGCAGCAGGGGGGAAGUCGUGCUCAAGUCAAAGCCGAAGAAAUCCAGAUCUGCCGUACGAGACGUGGACGUGGAGGAAAUGGCCAGAAGCAACCAGUUGUCCAAGCUGAACUCUGGGACUCUGUUGGCCUGGUUGACAGGAAGAGGAGUCCUCGUCAGUGCCAAACACAGGAAGGAGGAGCUGAUGCUGAAGGUUAUGAGCUGUCUGGCCGAGGCCUGA